AUGUCCCUUCUACGAGAAGCAGAGAAAUGUCUUGCUAACCAGAAGACUUUCGGACGCCUCAAUGCGUUUAUAUCCCCGCUAGAUCGAGCUGGAUCUUGGAUAGAUCGGGUGAAAGAUGCCGACGCUCGUCGAAAACAAGGGGUAUCUAAGUCACCUCUAGAUGGAAAGUUUAUAGGAGUGAAAGACAACAUAUGUACCCGGGAUUUCCGAACAACAUGCGGUUCCGGCAUGCUGGAACACUUCACGAGCCCAUUUAAUGCUACGGUGGUGGAGCUGUUGAAUUAUUCCGGGGCAGUAGUUGCUGGGAAGACUAAUAUGGAUGAGUUUGGAAUGGGGUCGCAUUCUACAUAUUCGCAUUUUGGAGCAGUUAAGAGCAAUUGUAUUGAAGGAACAGACACCAAGUCUGCUGGUGGAAGCUCUGGGGGCAGUGCAGUUGCUGUUUCUACAGGUCAAUGCUAUGCAGCUUUGGGAACGGAUACGGGUGGCUCCGUUCGACUACCUGCUGCGUAUACAGGAACCUUUGGUUUCAAACCUUCCUAUGGAUUGGUUUCGAGAUUUGGCGUUGUUGCGUAUGCUAAUUCUCUUGAUACUGUGGGUGUCAUUGGACCCAACACGACAACACUAAAAGAGGUAUUUGGGGUGAUAAAUAAGUACGAUCCCCAGGAUCCAACAAGCCUGCCACCGGACACACGCACUUACAUGGGAAAAGCCACCCACUCUUUGGCAAAAUAUCGACGGGAUAAGCUUCGCAUCGGCGUUCCUUUAGAAUACAAUCUCCACGAACUAAGCCCUUUUGUUCGUGAGGCAUGGCAAAACUCUCUUUCGUACCUGCAAAGCCAGGGACACACGAUUCACCCUGUCUCCCUUCCUACUAGUAAGCAGGCGUUGUCCGCAUAUUACAUUCUUGCACCCGCUGAGGCAUCUUCCAAUUUGGCGAAGUACGACGGCGUGCGAUAUGGCACGCGCGAUAUAAAUACUCCCGAUAAUGCGGGAGGAUGUCUCUAUGCAAACACACGCGGGUCCGGAUUUGGGUCCGAAGUGAAACGUCGCAUUGUCUUGGGUGCAUUUACCCUUAGUGCCGAAGCUAUGGAUAACUACUUUAUUCAAGCUCAGAAAGUCCGUCGGUUAGUCCAAUCUGACUUCAAUACUGUAUUCCGUCUCCGUCACCCCCUGCUCUCUGAGCCAAUUGCCUUGCAAGGUCAGACCCUACAGUCCGAUCCCGACAAUGCUGGCAAGGUGGAUGUACUUGUCUGUCCAACAGCACCUUCUCCUCCGCCAUCUCUACGGUCACUGGAAGAUAUUCUUCCAAUCCAAGCCUAUAUCAAUGACGUAUUCACUGUUCCCGCCAGUUUGGUAGGUCUUCCGGCCCUGAGUGUGCCUGUGCCAUUUAGCAGAGUGACGGCUAGCAACAAUUCUGCUAGUAUGCCUGUGGGGAUACAGGUAAUUGGACAGUUUGGUGAUGAUGAGCUUGUCCUUAAUGUAGGAGCCAUUCUUGAACAAAUAGAUAUGUAG